UCAUCAUCAUCAUCACCAGACAGAACUGUCCCGAUGAACAUCACCUUCAUCCGCGACACGCGUGUUGCACAGUGGGAGGGAGGUUUGAAUCGAUCCGGCAGACUGGGAGGAGUAAACUCAAAGAGGAGGAGGAGGGAAAGGGAGAAGAAGCCGAGAACCGAUCAGUCUGUUUCUGAGAGUCACCGCGGAUCAGAGCUGCUCUCAAACUCCAGUUUUAUCCCAGGUUAUGCUGUCAUUUUUCUCGGAGUAAAAAAAGAAAAUAAUAAUAAUAUUAAUAAGGACAGGAACAGCCAGCAAAAUGAGAAAGUUAGAGAAAGGAAGAAGUUGAAACUUCUUCAUAGAUUUAUUACUAAUAUUAUUACUAUUGCACUGCUGCUUCAGUGAGAGGAGUCUGCAUGCGCUGAGGGGCGAUGCGGCUGUGAGGGCGUCAACACGCGGCGGCAUCGCGCCCUUUGCCAAAUGACCGUCUCCAAAGAGCAGCAAUCAGGCGCGGAUCGUUUGCAGUAAAAACCCUCCUCAUGCUGGAAGACCCUCCUCUGACAACCAUGAACGACAGCGUCAAAUGCCACGGCCAGCUUGUGAUUUCCGGCCAAGGCAACAAGCCCAUCACCAUCACUUUCUUUUCGCUCGGAGUGGUGGGCAACCUGCUGGCCCUCUUCAUCCUCUUGGUGCACCAGAAGGAGAACCGCUCCCGGUCCUCGGUCUUCUGCAUCCUGGUGACCGGUCUGGUCCUCACCGACCUGCUGGGGACCUGCCUCCUCAGCCCGCCCGUGUUCAUCUGCUACGCCCACAACGCGUCCCUGGUCGGCCUCGGCGGGGAGAAGCUCUGCAACCUGUUCGGCUUUGUGGUGAACUUCUUCGGACUGGCGUCCACCCUCAUCCUGUGCGCCAUGGCCCUGGAGCGCUGCCUGGCCAUCAGCCACCCGUAUUUUUACUCGGUGCACAUCCGCCCCGCUUUCGCCAAAGUCGCCCUCCUCUUCGUUUACCUCUUCUCCUUGACUUUCUGCCUCUUGCCGUUCAUCGGGUACGGCAAAUUCAGGCAGUACUGCCCGGGGACGUGGUGCUUCAUGGACAUGGGGGACGCCCGCGGCACCUGGCAGGAGCGCGGGGAGUUGAUCCUGGCCUUCUCUCUGUCCUACUCCUCGCUCAAUGCGCUGCUGAUCUUCGUCGUGUUCGCCUGCAACGGCUCCGUGAUCGUCAGCCUGUGCAAGAUGCACCGCAGCCACUUGACGCGCCGCGGCUCCGUGGUGUCGGUGGCCCGGAGGAAAAAGCUGAGCUUGGCCUGGUUCGGACGCGGGGAGGAGGAGUUGGACCACGUGGUGCUGCUGGCUCUCAUCACAGUCAUCUUCGUGGUGUGCUCCCUGCCUCUAACCAUUGCCGGCUUUAAGAAUGCCAUUAAGCCAUUCUCCGGAGACAACGAAAACUUCAGUGCGUUCCGCUUUUACUCUCUAAACCCCAUCAUGGAUCCUUGGGUCUUCAUCAUUUUCCGCAAGUCGGUGUUUCGUCACCUCUGCUCCCUGCUGUCCUUCCGGUUCGGCAAAGGAGCCAUGAAGUCGACGGAUCGCUGCGCCUUGUCUUUCCCGCUCGACCACUCCAUACCCCGCAACCCGUGAGCACAGGAGCUGCACUUACUGGCAAAACUGACUCUGUGCCACAACCCGGAGCAGGGAAGGACGAAGUAGUCCAGUCUGGUCUGAAAGACGGUUUGACAGACCUCUGCAGUGAGAGGGAUCUUGAAUGUACAGCUUGUAUUCAAAGACAGAUGAUUCUCUGAACGUCAUCGUCAGAGGGAGUCGUGCCAAAAACCGAAGCCCAACUGCUUCGAUCAGAGGGAUCAAAUGUGCACUCCGAUAAACUGUUGUGGAUAUUUAACAUGCAUUACUGUAUGCUGUCACUUUCCUCAUAACUAUUUUCUGAACACGCACACACCCACAUAGUGAAACUUUUGACCUCUACUGUUCACUUGAAGCUUUUCACCUCAUACUGUCGCCAUCGAAAGGCGACUUCACAUAAGUAUGUCUAAUUAAAAUGAGUCGCAUGUAGGGGACCUUUACGGUACGACUGAGAACGUGUGCGAAAAACCCAAGUGUAGAGAAGUGAUAAUACAAAACCACAUCCUGAAGUCUGCUCAAUUCAGUUUGGCUUCGAUUACCUGACCACAUCGACUCGUAUCCAGAAAUAUACAAUGAAAUGAAUCCAGCCAUUGAGAUAGCUUCAAAUUACGUUAAAUAGUUAUAAUGGAGAGCAGCCGUGUUCAGUUUGUUUCUGUCUAAAGGAAUCACAACGGGCAGUUUAGAGCAAAACUACUUUAAUUCAUAUGUGCUUCUUGUUCAACAUUGACAUUAGUAUAAGCUGUGGUAACAAUAUGGAGUCAAGUGUUAAUCUUAUUUUUCUGCAGGUUCAGGUGGGACUUGUGCUCUUUGCAGAUAUGUGAUCAGUAGAUUUCCUUCUUCCACGUUUUGAUCAUGAGUUGCUGCUGAUCUAAAUGUUUAUUGAAUGUCUGUGUUCCAUGAAAUGCAUCUUAAAAAUCCUGUGUAAUCAUCGAUGUGUUCAUCUCAAAAGGUGUGUUCGUUGGACUUCCUUCAGUGUCAUUAUUUGUGCUUGUGAAAGAAAUCUUCACCGUUUCAAAACUUCAAUUGUUUUUAAAUGACUAACAAUGGCUAAAAUAGUUAUUUAAUGUUUUUUUUUCCCCAUUAUAAUUUCUGUAAAUUAUUCAACUUUGUGUCAGAAACGUCGGAAGAUGCUCUUCCAUUCUAAUUUGCUGUGAAAUGUUCAGGAAAUCAAGCCGGUCCAGUUAUGCACAGCCAUAUUCAUGGCAAUAUAAGUUAACCAAAUAUGAUCAUGUUCAAGUUCAAUAACAUGCUAAGCAAACAUUUAUCAAACAGUGUCAGUAAAUCAAGCUCUGACUAAAACAUUACUAAAACAAUAGAGUACACUCUACAUGUAUCGUCCUCCCCCUCUUAGACACCGGUACCAAUCCUGUGCUGGUUUUAGUCAGGUUCGUAUUUUCACUUCCUGUUUUAACUAUUUGUAUCAGCAGGUGUUGAUGACAAGUUGACGCCUGGCAGCAAAAGUGUCGAUCUGUACAUGUUUGCCUCACUUCAUCUAGUCUUUUGGAUUUUUCAGUUCCUACAGUAAAGUAAAAAAACACCUCUUGGGGCUAAAUUAGUCACAUGUCCACAUCCUCUUAAAGAUAUGUCUGCAAGCUUGUAGAAUUUCUCUUGUAAAUGUCUUAUGCCUAAUUUUAGACUGGAUUUUGACUGAUGGAAUGACAAAGUCCUGAAUGCAAUACUUAAAAGUAUUGGUUCCUACAUUAAAGAAAAAAAAAGUAAAAAAUUGUUGGUAUUUCAGUAAACACUGUUCCACCUGCAGCAAAUGAUUGUAGAAAGAAAAGUUUUAUGUUUCAAUCUGUUGCCUGAAGGUCCUGGGUUUAAACUAUGUGGAGAGUUUGCAUGUUCACUUGACGGUUUGGUCGGACCUUAAGCUAAAUGAAUGUACUAAAUUGCCCUUAUGUGUAAGUGUGUGGUUGCACAGAUCCACAGUCGAGUUUCUUGAGCAGGUAUACUAAAUAAAUUAUGCUUGUGAGUUUAAUUUUCUAACUUUACUGAAUCUAUGAUUAAAACCAAACCAAACAAACAUUGUAUUAUUCCUUUAAUGUCAUCUACAGUCCUUUGCUUUAACAACAUUCAAGUAUUUUUUUUAGACCCACAGUAAAGUAGAAAGAUGCUCCAAGACGACAGUUUGUCACUGUAGUUUAGCCCAUAUAGUUGUAUUAAAUGCACAUGAUUUCACUUCUCCAUCUCUCUGUUGCCGAUUUCAAAGCUACCGAGAGUGAUUUGUGUUUAAAGCUUUCCGGUUUUGGGAACGUCUGCUGCUUCAACGUGCACUGAGAGAGUAAACUGUGAGUGGAUUAUUAUGACUAUUUCUAUUUAAGGUCAGUCACUGUGCUCUUUGUUAUAAGACCUAUUUCGCAUGGAAUGCAACAGGCAUGGUGAAGUGGUUCUAAUUAUUAUUUUUUACAUUUUACUGUAUACAGUCACCUUUUGCUUAUAUGCAUGACCAGUGCAAUUUGUACAUGUUUCUUCCUGCACACUUUCUUUGUGAAGUAGUCGUUUGAGCAGUAAAAAUGGAGU